AUGGAAAGACUCCCCUGCGGGCCUUUUUGGUCAUCGUCCCUGCACGGCGAGGCAGGGACUCAGAGAGCAUUUGGCACCAGGAGGGCUAUUUCAGACGAGCUUAGCUUUGAUCCUCUUCUGUCGAGGAAGUCUGGUGGUGAGACGAAUCUGCCAACGCCAAGUGAAGUAUUCACCCUCCCCGUCCAGAGCAAAAGCACCGACCGAAAUCUCCCCUGGCUUGGCUUGGAGUUGCCAAGAAGAGGCCAGCCCAGAGCCGCCUGCCUCUUCCAAGCGCCAAACUUUAAGUUAUCCUCCUUCCUAAACUGGUAUGCCCCACCGAACCGAACUCCAUCCGGAUUAUCAAUAUUCCGCAACAACUAUCCAUCCCGGGCUAAACAAGAUUGGGACUAG